CCUUUUCCUUAUCGUCGUCUUGUUUGUCCCCACCCUAAUUAUAACCUCCACUUCCCCUUCUUUAUCAUAUCUCUUCCUUCCUUCACCCUCUCAAUCUUCUAUCACCACCGUUUCUUGCACAAUUCCUGCCUUCGCAUUUCCACAGUCAUCGUUUCCAAUUCUCUCUCCCACUGCUUCAAGAAGUAGGAGGAAUAUGAAUAUGAAUGGGAUUUCUACCAUCUCCGACCUGGAACAAGAAGAAUUGCUUCUCAAAUUGGAGGUCUUCAAAAUCAAAGGUAAAGAUAAACACGGACGCAAGAUCCUUCGCAUCAUUGGCAAAUUCUUCCCCGCACGAUUCGUGAGCGUAGAUGUUGUGAAAAAGUAUCUGGAGGAGAGGAUUUUUCCCAAGUUGGAGAAGAGAAAGUUCUCGGUGGUGUACGUGCACACCGGGGUUGACCGUUGCGAGAAUUUUUCGGGAAUCUCGGCUCUGAGAUCAAUCUACGAGGCGAUUCCGAUGAAUGUGAAGGAGAAUCUGGGGGCCGUUUAUUUCAUUCACCCGGGCCUUCAGUCGCGGCUUUUUCUGGCCACCUUCGGUCGCUUUCUCUUCACCCCCGGGCUGUACGGGAAAUUAAGGUACGUGAGUAGGCUUGAUUAUCUGUGGGAGCAGGUGAAGAGGAACGAGGUGGAGCUGCCGGAGUUUGUGUACGAUCACGAUGAAGAUUUGGAAUAUCGUCCCCUCAUGGAUUAUGGCUUGGAGAGCGACCACCGUGCUUCUGCCUCCCUCGAUUCCCCUCUUUCUACCUACUCCAUGAGAUGCUGCAAUGGCACAACCAUUACAAGAAGUGAUGCCAGAAGUAUCACAUGCCUUAUGCACAUGGCAUAUUUCAAUGAAUGCAAUGAAGCACCUUAAAAACUUGAAAAAUGGUUAGUCUCAUAUCUUGAAUAAUUUCAAUUAUUAUACGUGUCAUUGUUGGGAUGAGACAGAGUUUAAGGAAGCAUGGCAAAAAUUAUUAUCAAGACACAACAUGGGAGAAAACACAUGGUUGAUAUCCACGUAUGAAAUAAAAGAGAAGUGGAUAGCAUGUUAUAUAAAAUGCUUAAGGAUACUUGAUAUGAGAAUUACUCAUAUUAUUGAAGGUAUAAAUUCAUAUGUGAAGAGUUGUACAAGUCCUAAAUUAGAUUUAAACCAACUCUCUCAAAAGUUUAUACAAACUAUAGAGGACAAGCAUCAUAAUGAAUUGUAAUGUGAAUUUCAGAUAUGUGAUAAGUUGUCAAGGUUGA